AUGCAGAAGAAAGCCAGAGCUCGUCAGACUGCUCCGUUGAGUAUCUUCCCGCAAACCCGAUCCGACUAUGCUCGUGUUCUCAAUUCAUAUUCACCACGGUGCAGGGCAACGUAUAUUGCAUCUUUCUUCAAUGACCUACAUCCUGUUUAUCCAUUUCUCGAUCAGCCGAAAUUUGAAUCCAUAGCCGUCGGUGCGCAGCUGGAGGAGAUUCUCCAAACCAACCAUGCGUGGGCAGCGCUGUAUUACUCUGUCCUCAGCCUGGGAGCUCUUUUGCAUGAGGGCGGAUCGUUCGAACCAAUGGGCGGUCCGGCUUGGAAAAUCUUCAUCUUUGCUCUAAGAUUACUCCCAACCAUCCUCUUUGCCAAAAAAUCUCUUCUGGCUGCUCAGGCAUUGUUCGCGUUAAAUCACUCGAGUUGGCCCAUCGAAGAGCUCUUGGUCACGGAGGCUGCCCGCAUCGCCAUCGCGCUCCAGCUGAACAAGCUUUCUCAUAAUCAUCUGAAUACUCCCGAGCGAGAACGGACAUUCUGGGUCAUAUACUGUCUCGAAAAGGAAUAUAGCUUCCACUCGACGCAGUCCUCGGUGUUUAAUGAUGCUGACAUUAGUUGUCCACUUCCAGAACCCAUUAUGGAUAGCACAGACGGUGUUGACUGGCUGCAAAUUCAGGUUGGCUUCUGCAAAAUCCUUUCCUACUCGUACAAUCAACUGUUCGCAUGCGGCAUGCCUUCGCGUGCCGAAGAGUUCUAUUCCACCGAGAUUGACCAGAUCCGACGCCGACUUCAACACUGGGUAGCUUCAGUGCCGGAAAUGUUUCGACCAGGAGUCGUAAUUCGAUCGAGGAACUUUACCAAGCCACAUCACAACUAUGCCCUCCUCCAGGUACAUUUCCUCUACUAUUCUCUCCAAAUCGCGUUGUCGAGGCUCCUCGUCCACGUUUACGCCGAUCGCCGUUGCGCGCCCGUGGCUGAGAGCAAAUUGACGUUGAUGAAUUCUGCGCGAGCGAUCAUUGAAACUCUUCAAUUCGUUCCGCCAGAGGCUUCGCUCCCCAUGAACAUUAUUGGUCUGGCACCUCUCGUGGCUAACUUCAUCCUCUUUGACCUUGUCGUCUAUAAUCCGGAGCAUUCGGAGACCAAGCUGAAUCUGAUGUACCUCGAGAUCGUGACUGGGUUUCUCCGCCGUAUUGACCUCAAGUCCAGUAACCCAAUGCCAAGUUCUUCUUUUGCGGAACUCGGAGUCAUCGCUCGCGACUUUGUGAUGCAGAAGGCCGGCCGUGGUGAAGGCCGCCAGGACGCUCGAGGCAAUCGACUGGCUCAAUUCACAGGGGCAUCGGUGCCUCACUAUGAACGGGAUGCGGCUUCCUCCGAGGUCUUGAGUCAUGGACGACAUCGGAAUGGUAUGGCAGUUCCGGCCUCUGUCCUCACUCAGCCUUCGGAUGUCACAGAUCGCGGUCAAAUUGACUUAUGGGACGGUCUUGAAGAGACACUGCACUACCCGGUCAUGGAUCAUAUCGCGGACUUGGACGGCUUUGGCGAUGACUUUGUUAUCGGCGAGCUCUUCGGCCAACACCCGACUUUCGAUAUCAAUAUUUUAGGCCAAUGA